CGUGGGCUACUUCGAGUAAAUCCUGUAAAUCAAACAUUGUGAGGUGGAAAUAUUCGCUCGGAUGAUUUUUCUUUUUCAAUCUUUUUUUGUUGUUGUUGCUCUUGAAAUUCUGUUGAAAAUCUGUGACUUUUUUUUUAACUGAAAUGUAUACGAAUGUCAAUACCAAAGUUUGUUUUUAAUUGUGGCGUCGUUCUCAGAUCAGCGCUAAUUGCGCGUAAAUGAUCCUGAAAUACUCUGCUUGAAAAAUGUGUCAGUGAAGUUGAAUUUGAGCCUUUAACCCUGACACUCUGUCUCCCCGGACCGCUGGCUGUUUUGUAUAACUGUUCCUGCGACAGCAAAGGCCCUGUGUGUGUGUGUGUGUGUGUGUGUGUGUGUGUUUACGCAAAUUGCCACCUGCAGGUUGGCCUUUCAUUGGUUGAAACCACAGUCAGAUUCCCCUGCGGAAUUAUCUGAUUGAAAAUCAGGGAGGGGAGAAAAAGAAAGAGCAACAAGUGUGAUGGUUUUACGCUGCUUUGCUUUUCUGACUUUUAGGAAAGGAUUUUGCGACGCGUUUUCCUCCGCUUCACAUCCGAAGAAGAAGGGAAUUAUUCUUAUUAUUAUCAUUAUCAGGCCUCGAGUGCAAGUCUAAUUUCGACGGGAACCUUUUUCAGUUAACGGAUCGACAUGCCCCGGUCAUUUCUGGUGAAAAACAAAAGGUGGACGUCAUAUAAUGUUCACCGAUCGUAUGAAGAGGAGCCGAAGGCCCCCGUCACUACAGAGGUCCCAACAGAGGCUGAGAGCACAGACUCCUCGGACGGACCCGGGUCGGAGGGACAGUGUUACCCUCAGGAAGACCGCCUGCUUGAAAAGGAGAAGGCCGAGCCUGAAAGCCCCUUACCUGCUCACCCAGAGCCAAGCAGACCCCCUGUGGCUCCCACACAGUCAUACUACAUAAACGAGCCUCACAUGGCAGGAUUCCCCCCUUACUACAAGCCCACGUACGCCUGGGAGCCGCUGCCUUCCUCCUUCGAGCUCCGUCAAAUGAGUUUCAGCCAUGCGGUGCUGCAGCACGCCAGCAACCUGUAUGGCAGCCACACGGGCAGCAGUGCACAGCCUCAGCCUCUGGACUGCAGCACACACUACUCCCCCACCUCCAACACCUUCCACUGUAUCACCUGCGAAAAGGUGUUCUCAACGCCCCACGGACUGGAGGUCCACGUCAGGAGGUCGCACAGUGGAACCAGACCUUUUGGCUGCAACAUCUGCAGAAAAACCUUCGGCCACGCUGUCAGUCUGGAGCAACACAUGAACGUCCACUCUCAGGAAAAAAGCUUUGAGUGUAAAAUGUGUGGCAAGUCAUUCAAGCGCUCCUCCACCCUCUCCACGCACCUGCUCAUCCACUCAGACACAAGGCCUUACCCCUGCCAGUACUGCGGCAAGAGGUUCCACCAGAAGUCUGAUAUGAAGAAACACACGUACAUUCACACCGGUGAGAAGCCCCACAAAUGCCAAGUGUGUGGUAAGGCAUUCAGCCAAAGCUCCAACCUGAUCACCCACAGCAGGAAGCACACAGGCUUCAAACCGUUUGGAUGUGACAUUUGUUCAAAGGGCUUCCAACGUAAAGUGGACCUCCGAAGGCACCACGAGAGCCAGCACGGCAUGAAGUGAAGGCCGAACGAGCACAUUUACAUCCGAACAACGCGCUGAUUUUGAUGCGAUCCAGGUGUCUGAUACGCUUACGAUAGCCUUUACAGAGAAAGUAUCAGAAUGAGGAAACUGUGAAAUCAUAUUCUAACUGAAGUUGAUUCAGAUGUAUCAGUUAAUAUACUGGAAGUUAUCAUCUUUCACAGGUGUGUUUGCAUACAGAUGAAUGGGAGAUGUGCUGAUGUCAUACAUAUAUAUAUUCCAAUUUUGACCAAAAAAACAAAAAAACAACAAGAACGUUAUUUUCUAUUUCAUAUAAUUUAUUUAAACUGUGCUUGAGCGAGUGUAUAUUGGCUGUGUGUGAGUUAAAAUGCUGCCAGCUGAAAUAAAGGGUUAACUGAG